ACCCCAGCAAAUCAAUCCUCCCUCUUCUACAGUUCACCUUCAUUCGUUCAUUCAUUCAUGAACCGGCUCGGGCAGCCUUGAUUUCGAUGCAUCUACAACAUUCACGCCUUCAAAGCUUCUUGUCCGGGGCAGAAGCGACUGGCCCAUCGCCGCUACUGCUAUGGACGCAUUUCUCGCCAAACUGUCCUAUCAUGCUACCAGUUACGCCGUUAGAUCAUGUAUCGCCUUGACCUCGACAUAUGUCAUCAAGCAAGGUGCCCAGCUACUCAAGACUAUAGAUUAUGACCCUCUACGAGCCGAGCUCAGCCAGCUGCAGAGGCGUCUGACUCGAAAGAUAGAGUUGGUGUCUCCAAUCUUGGAAUCCAUCGAGCUCCGCUACACGAGAGGAGAUUCCGCCCUCGAGACUGUAGUGCGGACUGCACGAGGACUACGUGAGGACAUUGACGCCCUGGGUGAACGGUUGAAACAUGCCACAUCCACGCACUCGUCGCCACUGAACGGAGCUAGAGAUUCCAAGGCAGCAGUCGCUCGCCGCGAGGCCGAACUUGCCGGAAUUAUAGGCGACAUCAAAGACUUGACCACCAGCAUCGAUGAUGCGAUCCCUCUAAUCAAUCUAUGGGUUUCUGCUAUCGGUGGUAUCCAGGCACCAGAGUCAUCUUUCUCGCCUUCGCGCUUACUGCAAGCGAGUAUGCUGGUAAACGUCGGUGAUACCCAGUUCAUACUGGAUCCAAGUCAACCCAUGCAGAUAGGUCCGGACUUCAUCUUGUCUUUGUACAUGCUGUUUCGAGGCCAUGCCUCGGCCGGUGGAGCACAAGAGCCGUAUGGCGUCGAAGAAGGACAGAGGAAACCGAUGUGGCAGGAGGUUAUGCACAAAGCGCGAGUGCGAUUGCUCCGGAUAUCACUAGAUGAGCUAUCGAACAGAACUUCUGGGAGCGGUCCUCGCGUGCAUUAUGCAUAUCAACUCCAAGUUGUAGAAGACCUAGAUGAUGGACGGUUACAUACAUUCGAAAACAGGGAUUCUCAACCAGCCGCAUAUGAUGGCUUGUCUUCAGCCGGAAUCCGCGAGCUCAUCCCUAUUCAUCAGAUCUCGAAAAUGUUCUACGCCGAUGUCGGUAAGAUUCUUAACAUCAACAGUGACGAUGGUGCUUCAAAUCGCCCUGUACUCCUAAUCAAGAGAGACACUGAAGCCAUACCGGUGGUCCACGGGCCGGGCAAUCCCACGCUUACAAUUAAGGGUGCAGAAGACAGUGUGAUACCUAACCCUCUAUCGUUAGAGGGGGAUUCGCAGGAAUGUAUAGACUCUCAGCUUCGGCAAGAAAUGGGACUACCGAAUGAGAGAUCCUCGUCUCAGUCUUCUCAAACUCACUCGAAAUCCCAGAAUUGGAGUAUCCCGCAGGAUCUAGAUCCGGAGUGGAUAGCCCUAGAAGUGUUUGACGUCGACGAUAACGAAAACACGUUAGAAUCAGACUCGGACUCAGAUUCGGAUACAAUGAGCAACGGCAAGGACUCGAUAUCAAAUGAUGAUGAUGAUGGGGCAUGUCGCCCAAGACACACAACACGUCCAUCCAUCGAUCUGAAUCUCAUCACGCAACUCAACCGCAUGAACAUCGCCUCGCGCCCCUCAUCAAGCGAUUCCCAGCAACUAAGCAUCACAAAGCCUCAUUCCCGCCCAGCUUCUUCCCCCCACAAAACCACCACCAACAACAACAACCUCGCAGACCGCACUUCUACCACAAAUCUAAUCGAGCGCUCCCCCUUCGGCGCAAUCAAAACCUCCCUCUCCCUCCUCGAGAUGCUCCUCCGCCUAACGUCCCUGCAGGAAUUCGAGCAGACGACGCACCUCGCCAUACCAGACCACGUGCUCAAGUUCUACCUCGACGAAUCCGUCUCGAGCAGCGGUCUGCACGGCAAGGAACGUCUGGCUGCUAGCGCGGAGGCCCAGAGAAAGGUUGGUUUUGAUCCGUACGCUGAUCCGUCGGUGUGAAAGGGAGGAGGAGUUUCUACCGAGACAGUCAGUCAGCACUCGAGGAUGCGAAAGCUUUCUUUCUCUGUUGCUCUUUUUUCUCAGUUCUCUUCUCUCCUGGUUUUGGCGCGGCGCUUGGUUGGGAGUUUAAUUACAGACAGGGAUAGAGAUAUACUUGCUUGCAUGCAUAUGUAGAAUGGUAAAAUGAUAGAUUGAUAGAACGAAUCAUGGUGAAUAAAUGAAUGGCCUGAGCUGUAGAGUAUACUUGGUGCCGCCAUAUGAUACGCUACAUACUAGCGAAUCUUCCCGUGUCGAUAUGUACACAUAGUUGCGUCUAUUCUAUACUGUAUGUUCUUCAUAUGAAUUGGAUUUACACACUCACAUAACGGUGUGUGGGGGUAAAAAUGUAAGUGCAUAUACUUGGAAGCCU